GUAGUUAGUCAGCUGUGAUUAGAUGCAGAUGACACACACACGGGUAAUCUCACAGAGCAGAGAAGGGAAGUAUACAACGUGCAGAUGACAGUGACGUGUGUGUGUGCAUGUUUGUGUGUGUUUAUUGCGUGCACUGUGUGAAAACCAGCACGCUUACUUGGUUGGCAUGAGAUUUUCGGCCGACUUGCAAAUGGUUAUGGACUGCUUCAGUUAUUGGCAGAGGUGCUGAUAACUGCUGAAGAUGAGUAGCGGAGGGGGGGACACUCCUGAGCCCCCCAAAGGGGAGUCUCUAAAGAGGAAAGACUGUCAGUCGGACCUUCGGGGACCCAGCCCUAAGAGAAGUACGGAGAGGCGAAACAGGGAGCAGGAGAACAAAUAUAUCGAGGAGCUGGCAGAGCUGAUCUUUGCCAACAUCAACGACAUUGACGACCUCAACGUCAAACCCGAUAAAUGUGCCAUCCUCAAAGAAACAGUGAAGCAGAUUAGGCAGAUCAAGGAGCAGGAAAAGGCUCCAGUGGCUAAUGCAGAGGAGGUUCAGAAGGCAGAUGUGUCGUCCACGGGGCAGGCUGUGAUUGAUAAAGACACUCUAGGGCCAAUGAUGCUGGAGGCCCUGGAUGGCUUCUUCUUUGUGGUGAACAUGGAGGGUAACAUAGUGUUUGUGUCUGAGAACGUCAGCCAGUAUUUGCGCUACCAGCAGGAGGAGCUGAUGAACACUAGUGUCUACAGCGUCCUGCAUGUUGGCGACCACGCAGAGUUCAUCAAGAACCUUUUGCCCAAGAGUCUGGUCAACCAUCGCAGCACAGAUUCCUCCAACAGGAACAGCCACACCUUCAACUGUCGUAUGUUGGUCAACCCUCACGCUGACAGCGAAGCUCGCCAUGGAGUCGACCAGCAGGAUGCAGCACAGCAGAAGUAUGAGACCAUGCAGUGUUUUGCCGUCUCUGAACCAAAGUCCAUCAAGGAAGAGGGGGAAGAUUUCCAGUCCUGUCUCAUCUGUGUGGCAAGAAGAGUUCCUGUCAAAGAGCGGCCUGUGAUGCCAGCAUAUGAGAGCUUCACAACAAGACAGGACCUUCAAGGUAAAAUUACCUCACUGGACACAAGUGUGCUGCGGGCAGCUAUGAAACCAGGCUGGGAAGACCUGGUGCGGCGUUGUAUCCAGAAGUUUCACCUGCAGAGUGAUGGGGAGAUGUCCUUUGCCAAGAAACACCAUCAAGAAGUGUUGAAGAAUGGCCACGCCCUCAGCCCUUUAUACCGAUUUUCCUUGGCAGACGGCACUAUCGUCUCAGCUCACACAAAGAGCAAACUGGUCCGUUCUCCAGCCACCAAUGAACCACAGCUCUAUAUGUCAAUGCACAUCCUACAGAGGGAAAGCAUCGGGGGCAUUGCUGCUGACAUGCCUACCGGACAGGACUCGGGGAAGUCAAUGACCCCAACUAGUGUGGGUGGGUCUUUUCCCUCACCUGAUGCCAGCGUAACCAGCAACAGCCAUCACUCCACAGGAGGCUCAAACACACCUGGACGGGGUUUUGGGUCUGUCUCAGGAAGGGCCAGCACACCUCAGGGAAACUGCUAUACUCUCAAGCUUGGCAGCCCUUCUGGCCAAGGAAGCCCCAGCGUCACGUCAGGGGUCCAGAGUGCCAUGCUGUCUCCACGUCACCGCCAGAGUCCCAGCACUGUAGCCAGCAGCAGCAGUUGUAGUAGCCCUCAUAUCCUCCAUCAUCCGCCCGGAUCGUUCUCUCCUGCAGCUGGUUUGCACUCUCCACCAUCGGUUUGCAGCACCACAGGAAAUAACCAAAGUUUUAACUCCCUUAGUGCGCUGCAAGCUCUCAGCCAAGGCACCCGGAUUUCACCAGGCCUCAAUGAGGGACAGCAUCUAGAAUCACCUGACAGAAAACCAGCAGCUCUUCAGAGUCCCCAACACAGCACUAAACCCUGUAGCCAAAUUAGCAAGAGCAGUCUUAGCUUAGAGACAGAGUUAUUCGGAACUUUUGAAGAGCAGGAAGAAUUUCUGUCAUCAAACACCCAUGAAGGUACGCAGGCAGAUGGGAAAGAUAUUGAUCCUGACACCCUUGAAGGUAAUGGAAACAACAGAGACUUUACCGAUGUGGCAAACCGCCAUCUGACCACCAAAGGCCACACCAAGCUGCUGCAGCUUCUCACCACUAAGUUAGAACCUUCUGAUCCUGCUUCACCAUCAGGGCUCAUGGGGGAUGACCAAAACUGUAAGGACCAGCUGUGUGGGGCCGGCCAUAACAACCAAUCCACCUCAUUAAAGGAAAAACACAAAAUUCUCCAUAGGCUGUUGCAGAACAGCACCUCACCUGUGGAGCUGGCCAAGCUAACAGCUGAGGCUACUGGAAAAGAUCCUAUUGGUCCAGAGUCUGCCUCAGGAGACAGCAUUGCUGCUCUUAGUGAACUCUGCACAAAACAGGAGCCAGAGAGCCCCAAAAAGAAAGACAAUGCAUUGCUUCGCUAUCUUCUGGAUAGGGACGACAAUGGCAUCCUUGACAAAGCCAUCAAAAUGGAAACAGGCGAUGGACUAAAGCUAACCUGCGUUAAGACGGAGAAGCAGGACGAAGGAUUUACUUUGGCCGAACAGCCAUCUGAGCUGGAGGACCUGCUGGAGGACCUGCAAAACAGCAGCCAGCAGCAGCUGUUUCCCAGUCAGCCUCCGUCCUCUUCAUCAUCUUCAUCAGCGGUGCCAGCUGGCUCCUCUGUGGACAAACAGACCAUCAUCAGUGACAUCCUGCAGAUGAACGACACCAGCAGCAGCAGCUCCCCCAGCCAGCACAGAGCCAUCCCUCCUAUCGGACCUGCAGCAAGUUUCAAUGGUGUCAGGUUGGGCCAGUCUGGUCAGGGGGCUCCUCCAGUUAGAAGCAUGUCUCUGGACAACAGUAUGGGCUCCAGCCCCACCAGGCCUCUCCCACCUCAGCACAGAAAUAAUGGCCCCUAUCCUUUGCAGCAGCAAGGCAUGAUGGGAACUCACACCAGCAUGAACCAGGCAGCAGGACCUAACACAGCAGGCCUUCGUGGCUCCAUGCAGCAAGGCUGGGGUCCCCAUGCUCCAACAGGCGGGAACUCUGGACCAAUGAUGCCACACGGAGUUGGUCGAAUGGUACCGAGCAUGAAUCCUAAUCUCCCUACAAGAAGCAACGGUUCAAAUGUUUCUAGAGCUUUGGUCAACAUGCAGAUGAUGGGAAAUGACUUGGACAUGGCAGCCCCUCCCUACCAUCAACAGCAGGCUCCGCCCAAUCAGACAGCUCCAUGGCCAGACCGAAUGAUGAUGAUGGAUCACUACGGAAACCAAAGCAGGCCGCCCUAUGGCAUUCCUCAGGAAGACGGGAUUGGUUGUUGUGGCUCCGGACCUGAAGGUCAGACAGAUGAGGGUGCUCUGCUGAACCAGCUGUGUUCGGUGUUGAAGGACUAUGAGGGUCUGGAAGAAAUUGACAAGAUGUUGGGAAUACCCACUCUUGCUGGACAGGGUCCUCUUUCAGAGCAGGAGCAGUACCUGGGUCCCUUGGAGCCUCCCUCCAGCCUUAAAGCUCCCCUCUACAGUCAACAGUACGGGGGGCAGCCAGGUUACGGUGGCUUACCCCCUGACGGCGCAUAUGCUGCCCAAUCAAUCGCCGGCCACAUGGGACCUCAAAGGAUGGCACCGGCAGGCUACCCUCCUAUGAUGAGAAUGCCCGGUGCCCCAGGGCCCCGGCCCCCCGGCAUGAGACCUGGUGGUCCCAAUUCAAUGGUGCCACCGCAGCCCAACAACCUGAGGCUCCAGCUACAGCACAGACUCCAAGCCCAGCUGAACCGUCAGCCGGUGAUGAACCAGAUGGGUGGAGUCACAAAUAUGAAUCUACCUCUAAGAUCUAAUGUCUCACCCCAGGGAACUGUCAACUCUCAGAUGCUGGUCCAGCGUCAGCGCGAGUACAUAAACAACCAGUUACGUCAGCGCCAACAACUGCAGCACCAUGCACAUCAGCAGCGUGCAAUGAUGAUGCGCACUCAGGGCAUCAACCUUCCGCCAAACAUGUCCAGCGGCGGGGCUGCUCCUACGCCAAUGGCCAUGGCUGGUGCCAACCCCCGGAUGACGCAGGGAAACAUGCAGCGGUUUUCCUACCCAGCAUCCAGCUACGGUACUGGCCUGCCAUCUCCUCCUCCUCAUCCCGGCUCCUCCAGCCCCUUCUCCUCCCCUUUAUCCCCGAGUCAUCUCCUGGCAAGCCAGGGCAUGAUGGGAAACGUAUGCGGGCAGUACAGCAGCGUAAUGAGCCCUUCAUCACAGCACAGUGCCUUCCAGUUUAACACUUCAGGAAUGAGCCACCAGCAGCAACACCAGGACCCAGUGUCAUGCUUUCCCUGUGGGGCAGGGACACCGCAGAGCCCCCUGCUAUCCCCCAGAAUGGGACAGGGUCAGAGCCCCAUGUUGCAGCAGAACCAGGGCCAAACACAAACCCAAACCCAGACUCCAAACCAGGGAGGUCCGCCAAGCUACCAGACUAGCGGUGACUUGAACGGGUGGUCUCAGUCUGCAAACAUUUCAAACAUCAACAGUGGUUAUCCCCAGCAGUCCCAGUCUCAGUUCUCGACACAAUCCAGUGCUGGAAUGUACAACAGCAGCAGCAUGAAUGCAGUGUCAGGGCAGAUGGUGUCCAUGACUGAACAGGUGGGUGACGGCAACCUAAUCCUGGAACAGUUUGGAGGAAUCGAUAUGAUGAACCAAGACAGCAAUGUCAAUUCUAAUUUUUGCUGACCAUGACUUUUUUGGAAAAGACCUAACCCACGGAGCUGUGCUAAAACCCUGACACCCAGAGAGGUCAGG